AUGGCAGCCGCGGUGGAGAGUCGGCCGGCGUCGCCGUCGAGUCGCCGGCAGUCGUCGCCUACCAAGUCGUCAACGUACAUGGAGCAGCUCAAGGCGCCGGCCGUCCUCAGCCUCUUCCAGCAGAACGACACGAUCAAGCACCUCGAGACGAUCCAUUUGCUCAAGCGGGAGUACCGCAACCGGCAGCUGUACGAGAUCUGGAGCUUUGCAAUUGCGAUGGUUGGCAUUGUGCUCAUGCUCGCGACGAACGAAGAGCUCAUGGAGCGCCAAGUCGCCAUGUCGCCAGCCGCCGAGCGGAUCAAGGUCGCGACGUCGGCCACGACGCUUGUGCUGCUUAUCUUGCUCGUCAAGCGCUAUCAGUCGCAUACGAGCAUCUACAAGAUGCAAAACAUCUUGCCGCCGCGCUCGUCCAUGCUCCGCGAGUACUGGCGCGUGCUCCUGCUCGAGCUUCUCAUCUGCGGCUUUCACAUCCCGCCCGGCGUCCACGGCGUCGUGCCCAUGAUGCAGUUUCGCUACACGCUUAACGCCAACUCGACGACGGGCUUGGACACGUGUGCGCAUCCGAAGAACCUCCACGUCACCGUCGUCGACGAUGGCUGCUACCUCGACUACACGUACACAUACGACACCUUUGGCGUGCUCAUGGUGCUCCGCCUCUACCUCUUUGGCCGCUACAUGCGCAGCUCGUCGCCGCUCUACUCGCAGUGGGCUCGCACGCUGAAGAACGUCAACACCAUGGAUCCGUUCUUCCACUUCAAAGCCAUCUUUAGCACCAAGCCGCUCCGGCUUGUGCUGCCGCUGCUCUUCUUUGUGACGUUCCUCACGGCUGCGAUUCUUCGCAUUUUGGAAGUACCUGCGCAGCCCUACUUUAUGAACUACUGGACGUCGGUGUGGCUCACGAUCGUCACCAUCACGUCGGUCGGGUACGGGGACUAUGUGCCCGCGACGCACUGCGGCCGGUUCUUCAUGGCGUUCAGCGGCAUCCUCGGCGGCCUCCUCAUCCUCUCGCUCGUGCAGUCGAUUUUCUUUGCCGCCCUCGCGCUCACCGAGAACGAGUCGCGCGUCAAGUACAUCAUCGACCAGACGCGCUGGGAGAAGGCGCGCCGGCACGCGGCCGCGGGGCUCAUCCAGACGCAGUUCCGACUCGUCCGCACGCGCCGCGCCGGCCACGACACGACGACGCUCUCGUUCGCCCUCUACGCGUACAUGGCCAAAGUCCAUCAGUUUGCGCGGAGUGAGCCGUCGCUUGCGACAAGCUUUGAAGAGGAAAUGGAUCGCCACAUGCAGCGCUUGCUCAACGCUCUGGGCGCGAUGCAAGCGAAGGAAGAUGCCCUCAUGGCGCGAAUUCACGCCAAGACGCUCUCGCUCGACGGCGUCUGCGACACUCUGCUUCCAAACGUCGUGGGUUCUUCGUAA